AUGACAAUAUUUGAGAACCUUCCCAAUGAAGUACUGUAUGAAAUAUUCGAUUUUCUUAAUCUUUGCCAUGCAUUUGACGCUUUUUUCAAUCUAAAUACUCGUUUUCAAUAUUUACUAAUAAACUCGCCGUUACAUCUCAAAAUUGAUUUUUCUUAUAUAUCAAAAUUAACUUUUCAACAUUGUUGUACAUACAUUAUACAGCCUAAUAUACACCGCGUUUUAUCGCUUCGUUUAUUAAAUCCACUCGCCAUUGAUUUCUUUCAUUCAUUACUUUCUUUCAAUGCAUCAUUCACUCAAUUAGAAUCGCUUAUUUUUACUCAAAUUAAUUUUAAAAAACUUGAACCAAUUUUAAGUAGUUUAUCAUCAUUACCUCGUCUUUAUUCUCUCACUAUAAAUAAUAAUAUUGAAGUAUGCGACUCAAGUGAAAUUUAUCGUCUUAUAUUUCAUUUACCAGUUUUAAAAAAUUGUAUCAUUUCACCAAAAUUUUAUGGUGGAAAUCUAACAUUACAUGCUGCAACAAAUGAACGUAGUCCAAUCGAACACCUUAGCAUUAAUCGCCAUUGUUCUUUAAAUCAGUUCAUUUCACUUAUUUCUUAUACACCUAAACUUAGUCAUCUAUCUAGUCUUUCUAUAAGUGAACCAUCUAAUACAAGAAUGAAUAUUAUAUCAAUAAUUUAUCCUAAAUUAACUCGUAUUUCUUUGAAAUUAUGGCGUAUGUCAUUUGAUAGUUUUGAAUUACUUUGUUCGAAAUUAUUUUCUCAUCUUGAAUUUUUAAGCAUUUGUACAAGAGCAGAUGAUCAUUAUUUAAUGGCCCAUCGAUGGCAACAGUUAAUUAUGAAUCAUAUGCCUAGUUUACGUAUAUUUGAUUUUCAACAUUAUUGGGAACCAGUUGAUGAUAAUAAUACUGAACAAGGUACAUAUCAUAGAUUAAUUGAUUGUUUUACUUCGUCAUUUUGGAUUAAUCGAGAAUGGUUUUUUGCACAUCAACAUUUCUCGCGUAGAGGCAUUCGUGAUGCUGUUUUCUAUUCUACUCAUCCAUAUAGGAGAAAUCUAUAUGAAUUACAUGAACGUGCACAUAAUGACGCUUGUCCACGUCGUGAAAAAGGAAAAAAUUUAGCUCGUCGUGUGAAUAUCGAUGAUUAUCGCGCAGCUACCAAUUGUUCACUUCAAUUUCCGUACGCCAAUGAGCUUUCUCUUUGGGGAAGAGGUGCUAAGGGCAAUUUUUCGUUCCUUGCUGAUCUUAGUCAUAUGUUUAAUUUUUCCAAGCUAACACAUUUCAGUGUUCAAUGCCCAGAUUUUGGUCUUUCUCAAUUAAUUGAGCUACUAAAACACUUACCAAAUGUUCAUUCAUUAAUACUCUAUGCCAAUACAUCUUAUCUAUCUAGUGAACAAGUUCAACCUGUUUAUUUUCUAUCGAACGAAAAUCGAAUUACUAAUGUAACGAUUCGUGGCCGAUGUACAAUACAACAAAUUCAUCUAUUAAUGAAUUUUUGCCCACGUGUAAAAUGUCUUGAAAUAGAAAUUGACGAUGAUCAACUUGAAUCCGUUGUUCGAUUUUUAUUGUUCGGAAAGACAAUUCACAUGCAAAUAGACUCUCCAAAACCAAAAACUUUGCUCUUAAGAGAAUUUGAUUCUUUACAAAGAAAAUUUUUAUAUUUAUUCUCACGCUCACCAAACAAAAAGCAUAAUGCAUCAGAUGAUUUAUCUACUUCUAUGUUAAAUCAACAUUCUUGCAGCAGUAAUCUUUUUUCAAUAUGUUUUUUUAAUCCAAAAUCAGGAAUGGAACAAAAGUUGCAACGAAUGAUUAGUCGAGAGAAGUUACUCAACGAUUAUUCUAUUGGAUCUGUGUUUAAUUAUUUAUAUUUAUGGUGGUAG